AUGGCCUGGCUGAACAAGAAGGACCUGCCUCCCCUCCCAUCAACACACGACAACCUCCGCGUGCUCGCAAUAGGAACGCUGUACGAAAUCCAGACGUUCUACCUUGACGCUUUUCCCGACGAGGGCCACAAGCUGCGUGCACAGAGUGUCACACGAGAACGCGGUGGAUCAGCAGCGAACAUACUCUCUCUCCUCGCACAGUUCGACGGCGUGUCGCCCUACCUGUGCGCGCCCGUCGGCAGCAGGCGGGAGAGCACGAGGAUAGAGAGUGAGCUAGGUGAUCUGGGAAUAGGCACAGAGUUCCUCGUGAGGAGGGAGGGAGAGCAAGUCCCAACGAGUUAUGUGAUGCAGUCGCGUUCGUGA